AUGGUGAAUUAUUUAUUAUUUGAAACAGCGUUCGGAUAUGCAUUAUUUGAGGUUUUACAGACAGAAGAGAUUGGAUCGAAACUUGAACGGGUUCAAAAAGUAAUUGAAGAUUUAGUAAAGUUUGGAAAAACUGUCAAACUUAAGUCGUUUGUUCCUUUUAAAAGUGCAGUACACGCCUUGGAAAAUGCUAAUGAUAUAUCCGAAGGGGUUGUUAACGAACACCUUAAAGCUUUUUUGGAAAUGAAUCUUCCUAGACCUGGAAAAAAAAAAAAGUUUGUUCUUGGUGUUUCCGACAAAAAUUUAGCAGGAUCAAUUAAAUCAGAAUUGGGAUAUGAAUGUGAAACUAGUGAAAUAGUACUUGAACUCGUUCGUGGUAUUCGUUUACAUGCCGAUAAAUUAUUGCAUCAAGUAAAAGAAGGAGAACUUGUAAAAGCACAACUUGGAUUAGGUCACAGUUAUUCUCGAGCAAAAGUCAAAUUCAAUGUUAAUCGAGCUGAUAAUAUGAUUAUACAAGCUAUAUCAUUGUUAGAUCAACUGGAUAAAGAUAUAAAUACAUUUGCUAUGCGAGUUAGAGAAUGGUACUCAUGGCAUUUUCCGGAACUAGUGAAAAUUAUUAAUGAUAAUCACAAAUAUUCUCUUCUCGCAAAAUUCAUCCAAAAUAAGAGCAAACUAACCGAACAACAUUCUAAAGAACUUACUGAAAUAACUGGAGAUGAAUCUAGCUCGAAAAGAAUCAUUGAUGCAGCUCGUACAUCGAUGGGAACAGAUAUUUCAGAUUUAGAUAUGAUUAAUAUUCAACAUUUUGCUGAACGUGUGAUUAACUUGGCAGAAUAUCGUAAAAAAUUAUACGAAUAUUUAUUGUCAAAGAUGCAUAGUGUAGCUCCAAAUUUAUCAGCAUUGAUUGGUGAAGUUGUUGGUGCCAGACUAAUCUCACGAGCAGGAAGCCUGACGAAUCUUUCGAAAUAUCCCGCUUCUACUGUUCAAAUUCUAGGUACAAAAAAUAAAGGCAGAAUUUCCCGAUUUUUAGCCAAUAAAUGCACAAUAGCCUCUCGAAUAGAUUGCUUUACAGAAGCUCUUAAAAAUCAAGUUGAAGACAGACUAUUAUUUUAUGAAAAAGGCACGCCAACUCCCAAAAAUGUCGACGUUAUUAAAAAAGUGAUGGAAGAACUUAAAGGAGAAGAAAGUAAAAUAAACAUGGAAGUGGAUGAAAUAGAUGAAGCGGAUACAAUUAUACGAAAACGUAAAGCAUCUUCAGAAGAACCAAUAAUUAUUAAUGAUGUAAAACCCAAAAAAAGCUCCAAGUCCAAUAAAGAAAAAAAGGAAGAUGAAAUAACUUCCGAGUCCAGUAAAAAGAAAGAUAAGAAAGAAAAAAAGAACAAAGGAUAA